UAAAUAAAUGAAUCAAGAUAUUUGAUGAUAAUAUUGUAUUUCCAUGGAUUUCUUUUUGUUUGACAAUAAAGUUCUAUGAGUUUGACCAUUGGGAAACGUUCCGUAUUUAUUAAUUAGGUAUUUGGGUGGGAGAGCGAAAGACAGAAAGAGAGAGACACAAAAUAACCUUUAUUUGAUUUGGGUUUGAUAUUAUGUAAAUAACAUCAAAAAUGGUUUAAAUAUUUUUAUUUGCGAUGUAUUGAUUUGCUUAGCAUUUAAUUCUACAAUUCAGAAAGCAUAACCAUUUCCAGACCAUGGGCGUGAGAGGUUUAACAACGUAUGUAAACAAAAACCAAGAUGCCUUCUUGCAGCAAUUUUUCUUGUACGAAACAAACCUUGUAAUCGACGGGAACGGCCUAUGUGCCCAGCUCUAUCGCUCAUUAAAUUGUUUUUCUGCAUUUGGUGGUGACUACGAUAAAUUUGCUUCAUAUGUGAGGAAGUUCUUCAAAAGUAUCCGGAAAUGUAAUGUGUCCUCAUAUGUCAUAUUCGAUGGUAGCUAUGAACCCCGUAAAUUAAGAACUGUGUUCGGUAGAUUAAGGUCUAAGAUUAACGGAGCAUCUAGACUAGAUCCAGUGACUCAAGGAUGUUUACAUAUCUUUCCACUGCUUCUGAGAUAUGUGUUCAAAGAAAUUUUGAAAGAGUUUGAUAUCCCAUACACCAUAUGUGAGUUUGAAGCUGAUGAUGAGAUAGCUGCUAUGGCCAGGCACCUAAACUGCCCAGUAUUAAGCUAUGAUUCAGAUUUCUUCAUAUACAAUGUUAUGUAUAUACCGUUUAAUACUUUAGAACAUAAACCAAUGAUCAUCGAAGAUGAUGGAGUUAGUAAAUAUGCAUUGGAAUGCAGAAUAUAUAAAGUUGAAUUCCUUACAAAUAAUUUUGGAGGACUCGACGAGGAACUGUUACCACUGAUGGCUACGCUGCUUGGUAAUGAUUAUGUAGAAAAGAAGGUCUUCAGAAAAUUCUUCUCUCAACUAAAGUUACCAAAGAGCCGAAAAUGUAACAAUGAACAGCAGAGGAGUAUUCAUGGUAUAAUAAAAUGGUUGCAGAAUGAAUCAAUAGAUUCCGCCAUAGCUAAGAUAUUGGGCAGAUUAAAGAACAAUGAAAAGAAUAAAGUUUUAAAAAUAAUAAAGCAUAGUAUUGAUGGUUAUAAAAAUACAAGAUGUAGAUCUUUGAAAUACUUUAAUAUAAGUGAUGUUGAUCCUAGAUUAGAAACAAAUUUUCAGAUAUCUGAAACAUCUAUUAUUCCUGAAGAUGAUGAUGACAAUGUUUCUGAUGAAGAAAAUACUGAUACAUCAUCAGAUUCAAGUGAUAAUGAAAGUUGUGAAGAGUUUCAGGAUCCUGACCUUAUAACAGGGAUACCAAAUUGGUUUGCUGAUGGAGUGAGGAACCAUACUAUUCCACCGGCCUAUUUGAACCUCUUUACUCACCAUUUGCAUUUGUGUUCACCGCAGGCUGAAGAUUAUCAAGAUGAAGACUCAUUCAUGUGUGUUCUGCCUAUCUUAAGAUUUGCUUUCGAUAUCCUUACAGAUUUUUCUCAUGAAAAUUGUGUUUAUGUGCGCAGGGAAAAUUCUAGUUCAUACAAACGAAUGUUUUUGGGGAAAGAAUAUUCAAUUCCUAGACUUUUUGAUAAAUCAUUUUCAGAUUUGUCUGAAAAUGAACUGCAGUCGUAUUUUUAUAAUUUUUUUAACGUUAAGCUUCCAAAAUUAGACUUUGACGAUGUUAGACUGUUGCCGUCUGAUUUUCAAUUGUUUAUGCUAGCAAUUUUGUGGUGGGUGGCACAUUGUGAUGUCCCAAUAGCAAACAUUCACAGUUUGUUUAUUUGUUAUAUUAUGUUGGAUGUGAUUGACGAGAAAACUGGCAUUAUCAGAGGACAUAAAUAUUUUAGUAAUAAAUAUUCAAAGAAAAUUGAAGAAAUUAAAGUAACUAAUAAUACUCCAUUAAAGACAAAUGAUGAAGAGUUGUUUCUAAACAAAAAUAAGGUACAAUAUGAGGACAGUUUGGUAGCUGCAAAUGUUUUGUUGAAACAUUUUGAAAUAGCUGAUUCUAUUAGAAAAAAACCUAAAAGCUAUGAUGUGAAAAGGAUGCAUUUGUUUGCUCAAUUUCAGUGUUGUUUAUUACAAGUAAACUCUUUGAAUGACCUUUGUGGACGUCCUAUUGAAAGUACAAAGUAUCAUAAAUGUUUUAAUGGAACUUUUGCUUAUAAUAUUGCUAUGAAAUUAGACACUCAUUCGGAUCCUGGUAAUUUCAUUCAUUCUUAUCUCAGUGGUGCUCAUACUGUUUUAAAAUUUUAUAAAAGUGUAUGUGUUAUUUUUGAAAAUAUUUCAAAGGAAAUGUGUUUGACUACAAGUAAAUAUACAGGAAAGAAAUCUAGAAGGAAAAAGAAGAAGAAGUAUGAAGUUGAUGAUCCUAAUUCAUUUCUGGUCCAAGGCUUUGAGUCGAAUGUUACAUUAUAGAAGUUAUAUUUUAAGAUUAUUUUUACGUUUGGCUUUUUUAUAAUUCUCGUUUUGCCCAUAGUGCGAAAAAAUAGCUUGGGAUUGUUACAAAUAAUAUAAAAAUAUCAAUAAAUAAAAUCAUUUAAUAUCAAUAAUAUAUUUAAUUAUUUGUUCUUUUUCACGCGACCAUUAGCGUAAGGAUUGUUGCUUUUUUUAGCCACAGCGGAAUUAAUUUUUUCCCCAAAAAUGUAAAAGCCCGCAGCGACAGCCGUACUGCUUGCGAAAUAAACCACCCUUUGGGGAAGAUUUAGCACCUCAAAAAUAGGGUAAACCCACAUUCCAGUCCGUUCACGUAAAAUAUGCAGCCAAACAACGUAACUCAAGGUAUACGUUACAGUGAGAAAAAUGCCGAAUUUUCUAGAAGGAUAGGUCUUGUUCGUUACAAAUAGUUCUAUAAACAUGAAAAUUGCUAUUAAAGUGUGCAAAGUAUGGUUAAACCACACGGGGAAGAUUUUUUCAAUGUGUUCUGGGAACACUAAAUUCUUGUCUAUGGCGUAAAUUCCCCAGAAUGCAAUGGAGACGUAUAGUGCUACUGGAAAUGCUAAACUGAACAUUAAGUCUUUUAUGGAGCGAAUUAGUGGAGUCUUUUUAGGCGCAAGCGCUGUUGCGUUUGUCCCGAGGAUGUCGUUCAGCAAGGAGACGGUGAAAUACAGCGUUUGUAGAAU